UUAGGCGGGGCAACCCAGCAUGCCCCGCGCUAGCGGGAGGUUUGGAGUCGGGGAGAGUUAUCGCUAUAUUGAAACUUUUUGGAACAGAAUUACUUGCUGAGAAAGAGCAGCAUGCGCUAAUCCGUAAUGCGCUAAUUCGGAAUGGUGCCAGAGCAGGCGGUGGGGCUCGAACUCACGUCUUGCUGGAAAGGCGGAAGCAACGUGGCUGGACUCUGUGGUCGUCCCGUGGCCUAACUGGGAUUGGUUUUCUUUGUGUCCCAGUCUGUACAAACUGUUGUCUCAGAAGACAAGAGCCAAGUGCCUUCUCUGUGAGGAGCAGUCUAAUUCAGAAACUAUCAUAUUUAGGGAAGAACCUGAAUUUCAAGACAAGUAUUUAAAGCCCAGGCUGGCCAUGUUCCUGACUAUACCUCCAGAGUGCUGAGAUCAUAUGUAUAUUCCUUCACAUCUAGCUGAAGGAUUAAAAGUUUCAGCUGGACUCCACUUGUGUUUGAAAAUUGGAUCCACACAAAGUCUUGCUGAAGUGCAAUGGCUAGCAAGCAGCCAAUGCCCUUUAAUGGGCAAGGAAAGCCCAUUAUAUGUUAUAAUGGAGAAGUCCUUGUUUUUCAGUUGUCUGACAAGGAUUGUGCAGGUGUUAAGAAGCCAACAAAUGAAACUAUAUUAGAUGUCAAAAGAAUGGUGUUUAACAGAGGGACAGAAACAUUUAUUUUGAAAUCCACUGGAGUUUUUAGAUUUAAGGAGAACAAGUCUCAUUUAAAAAUUCUUUGUUGUAACUGUGUUUCAGAUUUCAGAACUAGAAUUAACCUCCCUUGCAUUUUGAUACAGUGUAAAAACUAUGCUGAAGUUUUCACAUAUUAUAUACUGUUUCUUCAUAGUACCAACAAAUUUGAAAAGCGUUUGAGUUUUGAACUAGGCCAUGAGUUGAAUGAGAGCUUAAAGGUGUUUGAUGGCCCUCUAAUUUUUUGGCAGCAUCUUAAUACAGUCUUCUAUAUCUCUUGCCAAACUGGAAAAGUUACUAAUUUGUCAGUUAAACUUUCCUCUAUUCAGUGGAUAGGUGAGAUUGAAAAUCUUGGUAUCAUUUUAGUGGGACCAACAGAACCAUUUGAGACAGAAUGUACCCCACAGCUUUCAGAAUCAGAUUACGAAUUUUCUAAUUCCAAAUAUUGUGCAUACGCUCUUGAAAGUCAAGAAAUCUUAAGCCAUAAUUACAUUAUCCCCCUUGCAUACAGUAGUGUAGUAACUCACAUGCAUGUCUGUGCCGCUGAGUUUGUUGACAGCCAGUUAAGACUGUCUCUGUUGGCUCUUACACAAAGAAAUCAGUUGAUUUUGUUCCAAAAUGGCAUUCCUCAAAGAGUGUGCCACCUUCCAUUUAUAGGUCCUUCUGCUGUUCAAAUUCUAGAUUCAGGCAGAGGAAACCUGUUUUUCAUUGUGUCAUUUCAGAAUAGUGGUGCCUGUGCUGUUUCGGCAAAUAAAUUUAAGGUCAUUGCUAAAUGGGACAAAGUUCACUUAGGACUGGUAGAUGACUUUAUUGGAGUGGGAACAGAACAAGUAUUGCUCCUUUUUGCUGAUUCCCUGAACUCAUUUUGGCUAACUCCAUUUAAAAUAAUAGAUCUUGUCAGAAUAAAGUAUUCAAGUGAUCCACUGGAUAGGAAUGAAGACACUUUACAGGAAAGGGAACAUGAAAAUUAUUACCUGGUGCUACCAGCUCUGGAAGCACAAUUAAAAGCAGAAUUGACUUUUCUUCAACGAAUAAAGCAGCAUAUCUCCCUUAAGGAUGAAAUUAUUACAAAAUCUUGGGCCAUACUUAGGAAUUCAAUUCAAGGGACAGAUGAUAGUAGUGUAUCCAGUCAAGGCAAGGAAUGUCUUGUUCUUUUUUGUGGAGAAGAAGAAAACAGUGUCCAUACCUCUAAUGAAAACUUGUCAGACACUUUUCAAGAGCCAGAACACGUUAUAGAGCAGACAUGGUGUCGUGUACUAGAUGAUAACUUGGUUGUUGGAGUGAAAGUCACAUUUUUGAAACCAUUUCCAAAUGAUAUGACUUUAUCACUGAUGAUGGAUCAAAGCAGCAGCUCCAGCUUUCAGCUUAUUAAGUAUCAAAAUCAGACGGUUAGUUUGAGCAUUGAUUCAUCCUCAGAAGCAUAUUUGAUGCCAAGUGAAAGAGGACCACAGAUAAAAAAGAUCAAGUUGACCUCAGAUAGCAAGGAGGAGGAAAGCUGCUUUUGUGGACAAGCAUCUGAGAGAGAAUCUACACACAUCAUUACUGCUGUCACAUCACUUUCACCAUUUUUAGCACUGAAUAAAUUGUGUUGUACUCUGGUGCUGCACAGCAGUGACAGAGAUAAUGAUAAAUAUGACUGUAUUUCAUGUGGGAGACUUGUUUAUACUGUAGAACAUCUUUUUAGUAAGAGCUCUCUACGAACAUUCCUGAAGAAGAAAUCAACAGACAAUGUGGAAGACCUUUUGUCACUUCUUGCAAUAUUACACAAAUCCUGUUUUCACAUUAUGUCACCUCCCCAGACCCCAAACUUAAUGAAGAUGUGGCUCUUAAAGUACAUGGAUUGUGAAAUAAUGAAGGAAUUUCCAGAAAUACACUUUUAUCAAAAGCCACGAAAUUGUGGGACACUGUUCUACUGGAAAAAGAGAAAAUCACUCUUCUACUGGGAACAGAGAACAGUAUUUGAAGGAAUUUUAACAGUAUAUUGCAGAAAUCAAAGCAUUUUGUUCGAGUGCCUUCAGCAUCUUAUCACACAUCUGCCUACGAACUGUUUCUUCAAAUAUCUGAAAUUCGGAAGUAAGGAUUUCCUAAUUGAUCAUUUGGCAUUUGUUUUGGAGAAGGAACUAGUUACGUUUGGCUCAGUUUCUACUUCUGCCUUGCAUAAUGUUGGAAGUAGAUUUGUGCAUGAGUGUAAAACAAAUGAAGAAAAGGAAAGUGCCAGGACCGACUCUUCAAACAGAAGCAAUAAAAUUCAUCUGCACAAGAGACAAGUUGAGAGAGAAAGGAUAAUGAUGGACAUGAACCUUAGAUUGAGCACUAACGUUUAUACAGAGAUGAAUUUGGCAUUAGCUGAGAUUCAGUUGAAAUCAGACCUUAUUGCAAUGAGCCUGGCCUAUCUGUAAUUACAUUUUUUAAAAAGUUUGUUUUAAAAUGUCUCCACUGUCAUGAAGUGUUGACUUCACCUGUUAUAUGCCUGCUUUGUUAAUAGAAAGAGAAAAGCUUAUCAGAAUCAAUUAGAAUCUUUUACUAUAAAAAUUAAAACUUCUAAUGUAUUUUUUUACAGUAUUUAGGAUCUUGAUUUCUUUCUUUUUUUCACACAGUGUAGUCCAGGCUGGUCUUGACGUCAUUAUGGAGUCCAGGCUGGCCUCAGUUUUCCUGCCUCAACUGAGAUAGCAGGCAUGCGCCACCACACCCAGCAGAGUCUUUAGUUUUGUUGUUACACAAAAUAUUUGUAAUAGAGCAGUCCUUAUGUGGGGUCAUUUUGACUCCCUCUGCUUCCUCCUCCUAAUGUACAGUGUGUUUGACUGUGUCUGAAGACAUUUUUGGAUUGUCAGAAUUUGUGGGGCUGUAUGUUAUAUAAUUUAAUAAAACAAACUAAUAAUUAGG